CCAAAGUCAUCAAGCCUUAUCAUAUUUGUUUUAUUCCCAUUCAUUUUACUCAAGUAAUGGCAUCCAGUUCUAUCACUUCUUCACGUCACUCCAAAUCCUACUGGACUCCAAAGCAAAACAAGCUAUUUGAAAAUGCACUGGCUAUAUAUGACAAGGACACCCCAGAACGCUGGCAAAAAGUUGCUGAUGCUGUGGGUGAGAAAUCCCCAGAGGAAGUCAAGAGACACUAUGAGAUCCUAGUGGCUGAUCUCAUGUCCAUAGAAUCUGGCCGCAUCCCUAUACCCAACUACAAGGCUUAUGAAGAACCUAAAGUUAAAGCUCCAAGGAAGCAAAAGUCUCAGCCUUGUUGUUAGAAGAUACUGUAUAGUAUUGAAAAGCAUAUGCAUGAGCACGUCGUGCAUCUACCGCAUAAAUUCUGCUUUGUGAGUCGUUUGCCACUUUCAGGUGUUUGUGUCCUACUAAGCCUGUAUUAUGAUACGUGUGCAUCACUGUUUCCAUCUAAAGCUUGUAAUUAUUGUACUUGAUUUCGGGGUAAAAGCUGUUUGCAUAACUGUAUUUUGUCUAUUAAAGCUAAUCUUCUGGU